AUGAUAUCAAGACUCACAAAGGGAGGCUUUUGGUCCCCAUUAAAACAAUCCUUGCACUUCUAUUGUCCACUUUAUCGACUACAGCAUCAUAGAAAUUACAGAGUCUUGGCUAUCGAAUCAUCGUGUGACGAUUCUUGCUUUGCAUUACUAGAACGAAACCAUCCAAACGAGACACCGCGGAUUCUUGAUCAUGCAAAAAAGACACUUCAUUCAGCCGAUGUUGGAGGGAUUAUGCCUACAGUGGCUUUCAACUAUCACAUGUCUACAAUAGCCAAUCUUUGUACGGAAUUUUGUCAGCGAAAUGGAAUAACAGCGCAAACUCCGCCAGAUCUAAUAUGUGUGACUCGAGGGCCAGGCAUGUCCGGUUCUUUAAGCAGCUCGACUGAAUUUGCCAAGGGGUUGAGUGUAGCAUGGAACGUACCUUUAGUUGGCGUUCACCAUAUGUUGGGCCAUUUGCUUACAUCUUUUUUACCGAAAUCAGAACAACCAAAUUCAAAACCACCACAGUAUCCAUUUCUCAGUUUAUUGUGUAGUGGCGGCCACACAAUGCUUGUAUUAUCAAAAUCUGUAUCGGAGCAUGAAAUUAUUAUAAAUGUAAGUGAUAUUGCCGUGGGCGAUUCUCUAGAUAAAUGUGCUCGAGAGUUGGGACUUUACGGAAACAUGUUGGGUCCAGAGUUGGAGAAAUUUGUAGAUAGCAUACCUCAAGAUGAGAUAGAGGAGUUUCAGAGCAUGGAUGUGAGGAAAAGAGGCCAAAACAAGUAUGGGUUCAAGAUUGCACUACCAUAUAUGAUGUCCAACAUUGAAGAUGAAGAAAAGUUAUAUUUUGCUUUUGCCCACUUUCUAAGUACCAUACAAGGCUACAAACUCAAGUAUUGCAAGGAUAGAGGCGAGGGCGUUACAGAGUUUGAUGACAAAACUAAACGAAUGCUUGCAUAUUUUACUCAGGAAUUUAUCUUUGAUCACAUUAUACGUCGGAUAAAUCAGGCAAUGAAAAGACAUGGAUUGAGCAUGAGGACCAGCGAUGGACUAUUUGUUGGGGUCAAGGAUUUCGUAUGUUCCGGCGGAGUAGCUGCAAACAAGCGGUUAAGGAAUAAACUAUUCAACAAAAUCAAAUAUCAAGAAAUUAGUGACACUCCACUAAACUUUCAUUUUCCAGACCUUCCAUUAUGUACUGAUAAUGCAGUGAUGAUUGGACUUGCAGGAAUGGAAAUAUUUGAAAAACUUAAACUUAGAACAGAUCUUAGUUUCAUACCAAUUAGAAAAUGGCCCUUGAAUGAGCUAUUGACUGCAAACUCAUGGGUCAAAGUUGACCAAAAGGAGAUUGAUAGAGUAUGUAAAUAUAAUAUAUAG